AUGGGCACCGUUGUCAAGCUGAGUGCAGCGAUGGUCCUGUGUCCAAAAUCUACUAAAAGUAGCUGGUUUCUACGUCUGUGGAUCGCAGUGUUGGUGAUUUAUCCAACGAACCAGGCUGUCAUCGCUCUGACCUUCUCCAACUACGUCCUCCAGCCGCUCUUCCCCACUUGCUUCCCCCCAGAGAACGGCCUGCGCCUUCUUGCCGGCGUCUGCUUAUUGCUGCUGACGUGGGUGAACUGCUCCAGCGUGAGGUGGGCCACCAGGGUCCAGGACAUCUUCACCGCCGGCAAGCUGCUGGCCCUGGCCCUCAUCAUCAUCAUGGGCAUCGUGCAGAUCUGCAAGGGAGAGUACUACUGGUUGGAGCCGGUCAACGCCUUCGAGCCCUUCCAGGAGUACGACGUGGGUUUGAUUGCCCUGGCCUUCCUACAAGGAUCCUUUGCUUACGGAGGCUGGAACUUCCUGAACUAUGUGACAGAGGAGCUGGUGGACCCCUAUGUAAACCUUCCCCGAGCCAUCUUCAUCUCCAUUCCUCUGGUGACGUUCGUUUACGUCUUCGCCAACAUCGCCUACGUCACGGCCAUGAGUCCCCAGGAGCUGCUCGCCUCCAACGCUGUUGCCGUGACGUUUGGUGAGAAGCUGCUGGGAGUGAUGGCAUGGAUCAUGCCCAUCUCUGUGGCCCUCUCCACCUUCGGAGGAGUGAACGGCUCCCUCUUCACCUCCUCACGGCUGUUCUUUGCUGGAGCCAGAGAAGGACACCUACCCAGUCUUCUGGCUAUGAUCCAUAUGAAACGCUGCACUCCCAUCCCCGCUCUGCUUUUUACUUGUAUCUCCACCCUGCUGAUGCUGUGCACCAGCGACAUGUACACCCUGAUCAACUAUGUGGGCUUCAUCAACUACCUCUUCUAUGGAGUCACUGUCGCCGGGCAGAUUGUCCUGCGAAUUAAACAGCCUAACAUGCACCGACCGAUCAAGAUCAGUCUGAUAUGGCCGGUCAUCUAUCUGUUGUUCUGGGCCUUCCUGCUCAUCUUCUCGUUGUACUCUGAGCCUGUGGUGUGUGGCAUUGGCCUGGCCAUCAUGCUGACCGGCGUCCCCGUCUACUUCCUGGGAGUCUACUGGGACAACAAGCCGCAGUGCUUCGACGUCUUCGUUGACAAGAUGACGUACGUGGGUCAGAAGUUCUGCAUGGUGGUGUACCCAGCCGAGGAUAGGGGGAGCGAAGGGGAGGAGAUGAACGAGGCCCGGUCCCCGCUGUCCAAAGAGGAUGGAGGCGCACCAAAGUCUGCGGACUGCUAAACUACACUUCUUCAUCAAUCACCUGACCGCCUGCCCCCACCCCCCACCCCUACACACACACACACACACACACACACACACGUCUUGUCUGAUUUUGCGGUGGAUCUACCAGCUCCACACACAUGCUUUUUGUUUUCCAGCGUUUGAUUUUAACAUAUUACUGUGCCAAAAGAAAGCACUCAACAUCAAGUGUACACUGGACCCAAAACAACUUGUGGGCGGAAGUCCUUCAUAGGAUAAUUUCUUCCCUGUUUUUCCAUUCACCUCCCAGUCAGAUUUAACCUGCUCCUCUUUCUCCACACACACACACACACACACACACACACACACACACGCACCCAGCACUACUGUAAGAGCGGUCAUUCUUAUUUCUUUUGUGAAAGACUUUGCAGAACUGGGUGAUUUUUUUUUCUUCAUUACGUUUUUUUGUUUUUCCUUCACCACAUUGUCAAUUUGCUUUGCCGUGUAUUCAACACACCAAAGCAGUAUUUCAUUUUGCAAAACAUCAUAAUCGGAUCAAGUCCUUUUUUUCUGUUCCCAAGUACACUAAAUGCUGUUUUUUUUAAAUGACUGUGAUUCCAAAAUGUUUUUUUUUUUUGUAAUUGUGAUAAUUGUUUAUAUCAUUUGUCUUUAUUAUUGUUUUAGUUUGAACAUGUUAGCUUUAGUUUUGUUGUCCUUUUUUCUAUUCAGUAUCAAUAACUUUUGGAUCUAUUUUUUUACUCUUGCAACUGCGGAGGUAAACCCUGAAGCUGAUCUGUGAUGCGGUUCGCGCAGCUUUCGGAUACAAACGUGAUCUUGUGCGCCUUCAUUUGUUUUUGAUCGCCUUAAUCAUGGUGUGCUAAUUCUUACUUGUCAUCGACGAUUCCUCCCCGUAUUUUUUUAAUAGAUUUUAAUAUCAAAGAAAACCACAAAAAAAGAAAGAAAGAAAGAAAGUGACUCAGUGGAUUCUUUUAAAAUGGACACCAAGCAGAGAUAAGUGACCCAUGAAUCAGACCAUCCAUCAUGGGCAUGGGAUGGGCAUGGGAUGUCAAGAAGAAUAAAGAGGCACAGAAAUGUCAGAAUGGCAAAAUGCCUUUUGGUCUUACCAAGCUACUGGUGAUGGUCAUCUCGUCGACCUACAUGUGUGCACCACAGUAAAGCAAAACAGUGCAAAAAUAAACAGCGGGCUUGGCAAGUCAACUUCUUUCGUACUUAAGACUUAUCAAGUUUAUUUUCAGAUACUUGUAGCUGAUUUGUAUUUGUGCACUUGGCAAGCUAACUUCGGCCAUUUGGACAACAUCAGCUUCUUUUUUGGGGGGGGGGUAAUGUUACUUUACAUUCAUUUGAAACACUGGAAAUGAUCUUGAAACGAUUUUUUUUCUUUUUGCGAUUGUUUCUUGGAAGAAGUGAUAUAAAUGUGAAUCAAGUCCGACUUAUUGCAAUCAGAAAAAGGUGUCUCGAUGCACUCGAGAUGAAAUGAUCCCAUGGCGAGAGCGAAUAAGUCAAUACUGGAGAAUCAAAUCCCCUUUGCCAAGCUCGUCGGUUUAUUUUAUACGGGGCACCGAGGCCACACCCCCCGGUGGCAGAUGUGGGCGUGGCUCCGGCGGACGGACGGCCUCUCGUUCAGCGCUCUGGCCAACCAAGGUGUCGCAGUACAUCCGGUCCGUCGGUCGAAGCGUUUUUUGUUUUUUUUAGUCGCUAAUUUUCCUGAUUCGGUGUUUAAAUUUAUACGUAAGAAUCUGUUAGCGUUUCACGUGGAGGGGGGGUGGCGUCUGAAAACGAGAGUUUAACGAAUAAAAAUGAAUACUUCUGGACUGAAUCACUUCUGAGAGAUUUCGGUGCUACUUCAGUACCAUCCCGUCGUUUCCGUUACCCAAACCGCUCGUGGCAACAAGUCGAGCUGAAGCCCCGCCCCUAAAUGACCCCAUCCGGUCGGCGUUGUCUGGCGAUACGUGCUAUGGGUGCUGGGAGUGGCCCAUGAUAGCGACAGUAGCAGGUUGGCUUGUACCUUUCACUCUUUUCGCUGUACUGUAAAUAGAUGACGGGCUUCUCAGGGUGUUCCCACUGCCUUCCCCUCACACACACACACACACACACACUGCCAAAAACCUCCGGACGACGUAAACUCAAACGCUUUGACAAACUGCUUCCGGGUGAUCCACUCUUGUUAAGUCUUACGUAGUAUCUUCAGCCGGUGCUUCGUUGUCCUAGUAACCUCCCUCAGGAUGGGGCUGUGACGUCACACGUAUCUAAACUCACCUUUCGAUAAUGCAUAUUCGAUCAGAUGGAGAUGCACAUGCAUUUUUGGAGAAUGUAUUAGGUAACCAAAAAAAGAAAAAAGUUUGGUCAGUAUUGUACACAUUGCUCCAGUUUAAGUGUUAAGUGUAUCAGGGUGUCCUGGAUGUCUCUUCAAGUACAAUGAUGUGUCUUGUGCCUGUAUGGUUCAUAUAUAUAUAUAGAUAUAUAUAGAUAUAUAUAUAUAUGUGGUCUUUUCAUAAAUGAGGCUCAAACUCAUCUAUGAUCUCAGAAAUCAAAUGCUGCGACUCUUUUGUUAUAUUGCAAUUCAAACUGUGCAUCUACUUUCACUUUUACUUCCAACUAAAUACAGCACAAGGUUAACAUUAUGUUCUGGAAGCUUUAGCCAGACAUUAGUGGAGAACACCAAUACAGUUUGAGUAUGCCCUGCUGUCUUGCUGUUUGUUUAGGUGUGACUCCUAGUCCUGGCUUUGACAUACCAACCGAAACAAACCUUCACUGUCAGUCUAAAAAUACUAUGUAUUUCCAUACUUGAUUGCCAUGUUGUAACAGCUGUCAGACAUAGCGAUGAAUAACGCUUAUCGUUUCUACUACUAGUUAUGUAUACUCUCACUAAGACAUGCAGCCAGAUGUGAAUGUUAUUAGGAAAAGGUUUUCAGCACACGUUGGUCUCUGGACUUAAGUGGCCUUUUAUUGUUUGCUUUGUAUUGCUGUUGCAGCAGCAUUUACAAAAAGAAAAAUCUCAAAAGUCAAUUUUCGUUUGGGUUUAAAUGUACAGAAUGGUGAGUGUGUGACGUGAAUAAAGAUAUAUGCAAGCAAA